UCUAGAGUGACCCAUGUUGGAUGGUCAUGUAUGUACUUUUCUUAUAGUGAUAUCUCUCAAUCAUUUAUGAUAUAUCCAGUUCGCCAACAAAGACCAUGUCUUCCAGCCAGCUUUCACGGGCAACAUUGUGUCCAACGGCAUUAUUACUGAUCGAUAUCCAAGUCGGCUUGAAUGUUGGCAACGGCUUCUACGGAACUGAACGGUCCACGCCAGAUUUUGAGGCCAACAUCGCCUCAUUGCUGACUGAGGUCCGUAAGUACAACAGGACGAGUCCCGAAGUGCCAGUGGUUGUGGCACAUGUCUAUCACAAAUCCUCCAACCCCGAGUCACCAUUAUACCCCAAUUCCAGUGUUCACCCGGGCGGUUCCGAGUUUCAGCCCGUGGCGAGACCAGACAUGGCGUCGCCGCAUGAAUCGAUCUUCUCCAAGACCAAGCACUCUGCGUUCAUAAGCACAACGCUCGAGAGUCUGAUCCGCUCCAAGAAUGUGCAACAGCUCAUCAUAGUGGGUAUCACCACAGAUCAUUGCGUCAGUACAACAGCUCGCAUGGCCAGCGAUAUCGAGCUUGUAAGCGAUGGGGGGUUGGUCAUCGUUUCGGACGCCACGGCAGCAUUCAACAAAGUCGGUAUCGAUGCAGACAUGGUGCAUCGAGUAAGCCUGGCCAGUUUGAACAACGAGUUUGCCCAGGUGAUGAACACAAGACAAGUCUUGGACAAACUCUUUGGUCCACAGUCGUGAAAGCGUCGUUCUCGAGGAGCACCGCCUACUGAGGUCUGUAGUGAUUAGCGGAAUUUUGGGUGGGGGCCAGGGAGUCGUCGCUCUUCAGCAGCAUCUCUCUGGUGGAAACUCGGAACGGCCAAUCAUGAUAUGCAAGGGCCAGCUUGACAAACAUAUCAGCGGGGAGUGUCCUGGUUCGGAGGGCGGUCAAGUCAUGCCAGCCUCCUUUGGAGGGCUCACGAAUAUCGGGAAAUGUCUUAAGAAAUUCUUCCAGCCCACCGGGAACAAGCUGAGACAGGAAUUGAUCGACGGAUUUGUGCAUCAUCUCCGAGGCGAGAUUCAUGACGUGCACAAAGCACAGGCUCUGGCCUUCAGACUCGAGUGGUGUGGUAAAUUCAGGCUUAGGGGUGAUGUCGACAAGAGCCAAGGAUUGAGACUCGGGGCGGAAUUCGUCGGCGUGGGUUGCCAAUGGCUGGUGAUCUCGCUGACUCCAAGCCAAGACGGGGGGGUCGAGGUCGAGAACUCGAUAAUCGUCGAUGAGUUUUUCUAUCCAGCGUUUGUUGGUUCUAGUCAUCGUUGACAUGUCAUGGUCAAGUAGAGCUAAUUGUUUGUACAAGGGUUCACGCAGAUGAGAGCCCGCCGCGGAAGGAAGGAAUCUAAGAGUUGAAUCGAUCUUGCGAUGCUGUUCGACCAGAGCAAGUGCAUGCAUUCUCGACUUGUAGGUAGUUUUCGCGGUGGCCAAGUACUUGAACCAGUCGCGGCGCUUCGAAUCCAUUUUGGCGUGAGCACGGAGGGUCUCGAAAGGAAGAGCCGGUUGUGUGGUCAAUUCGUAGAACUCGGGGUCAUUUUGCUUCAGAUCUUGAUCAAGUUCGAGAAAGCGAAGGACCCAGAUGGCGUUAGUGCUGAAGGUGG